AUGGACAACAAAGGGUUGUCACUGACAGGAGGGCCAUUCCUGCUGGUGCUGGUGCUGGUGUCAAGCCUGCUCCUGUGCAAGAAUGUGGCCUCCAUGCCCACCUGUCCCAGUGGGGCUGUCAACUGCGAAGUGCCCCUCGGAGACCUGUUUGACCGUGCAGUCAUCCUGUCUCACUACAUCCAUAACCUCUCCUCUGAAAUGUUCAGAGAGUUUGAUAGACAGUACGCCCAGGACAGGGGGUUCAUUACCAAGGCCAUCAAUGGCUGCCACACUUCUUCAAUCCCUACCCCCGAAGACAAGGAGCAAGCCCAAAAGAUGCAUCACGAAGACCUUCUGAACCUGGUCCUCAGAGUGCUGCGCUCCUGGAAUGAGCCUCUGUAUCAUCUAGUCACAGAAGUGCGUGCUAUACAAGAAGCCCCUGGUACACAAGAAGCCCCUGGGACCCAAGAAACCUUUGCUACGCAAGAAGCCCUUAGUACGCAAGAAGCCCUUAGUACGCAACAAACCCUUGGGGCACAAGAAACCCCGGAUGGCAUCCUAUCAAGGGCCAUAGAGAUUGAGGACCGUAACAAACAGCUUCUAGAGGGCAUGGAGAAGAUAAUCAACCAGGUUCAACAUGGAGUCAGAAGAAAUGAGGCCCCCUCUCCCUGGUUGGGACUUCCAUCUCUGCAAGAGGCCGAUGAAGACAUUCGCCUUUUUGCUUUUUAUGAGCUGAUCCAUUGCCUACGCAGGGAUUCGCAUAAGAUUGACAACUAUCUCAAGGUCCUGAAGUGCCGAAUCAUCUACGAUAGCAACUGCUAA